UAAAAUGUUAUUUUGCAUUGCUAUUUCAAAUAUAACAGUUGCCUUUAAUAUUGUGUUGUAUUUUCCUGAGCUAUUUUUUAGAAACAAAUAUAGUUAUUAUGAGGCUGUCACCAUACAUCUAUAUUUUAACAUUAAUAGGAUUGCAACGCAUCUCAGCAUUUUUCUUCCAUGAGCCAUCGUAUGUAGUGUUCUCACCUGAACACGAGAAAACAUUUGACUUCGGAUUUUCUCUUGCGUAUUUGGAGAAAAACAGAGCGUUAGUAACCGGUGCUCCACAUGCCGAUAUUAAUGGCGCUGUCUAUAAUUGUCCUGUCGAGGAGAGCGUACACAAAAAUUCAGUUAUUUGCUCAAAAAAUGAUAUAAAUAUUGACAUUUUAGCGAAAAAUUAUAGCAGAGAACAAAGUCCCGAUCAGAACUUUUGUCUGGGUGCAUCAUUGGCCGUGUCAGAUUCGUAUGUUUUUACAUGUGCACCUCUAUGGUCAAAAGAAGUCACAACGCUCAAUGACAUGCACAUCUAUGGUGCUUUUGGCACGUGUUUUAUAUCAGAUGAAAGUUCUAGAAGGUAUAAGGGCAUGCUUGAACAGUAUGAGAUGAGAGACUUUGAAAAUGUCGAAAUACCACCGACAUUUGACGACAUAUAUGGGGGUGUUGGAUGGAGUACUCUAGUGGACAAAGAAAAUGAUUUAAUCAUAAUUGCCAAACCAGCUUUGAUCAGCAGUAUUAGUUAUAUGUCUGCUUCAAAUUUGGAUACAUACGCAAAAAUUGUACCGCUUGAUGUGGCUGGUCUUCUUAAGUACUUGUAUAAAGGACGUGCGUUUGCGGCUGGUACCUACUUCAGUAACUUUCCCACAGUAUAUGCCUUUAGCAUGGAAAAGGAUAAACGGACCGGGGCUGUAGGAUUCCUCCAGUAUGAUAAAAAAUCCCAAAAAUUAAGAGUACUCCAAAAAGGGACCCGUGCCGUAUUAUACGAGAACAGGGUGGUUGGAGCUAUGUUUGGUGCUGCUCUUCACAGUGUGGAUAUGACUGGUGAUAAAUUCUCAGAGCUGGUAGUUGGAGCCCCUGGAGAACCAUGCUGGGAGAAUGGCCUUGAAGUUGGGGCUAUAUACAUUUAUGUGGGAGGUGAUAAGGCAAAAUCAAAAAGAGAAGCAACUCUCCGCAUUUGUGGAAAUGAAGAUAAUUCCCGUCUCGGUACAGCUGUGAGCUCGCUUGAUUUAAACGAAGAUAGUUAUCCAGAAAUAUUUAUAAGCGCACCAUACGAAAAAAAUGGAUACGGUGUUCUUUACGUUCUAUCGGGUUAUGAAAUUCACAAGAAGUAUUUGAAAACACAUCGAAGUUCUCAAAAAGUAUUCAUCUCUGAACUGACAUACGUCCAAAGAAUUAGCAACAAUCGGUUUACCAAUUUUGGAUAUAGUCUCCAAGCAUUACCUGACUUCAAUAAAGAAGGAGCAAAUGCUCUAGCAAUUGGAAGUCCGACGAGCGAACGUGUCAUCCUGUACCGAAGUAUUCCAUUUAUAACUGUGACGGUCUCCACCAAACUUUUGGGCAAAGAGACGAUACACGAAUUAGAUACAAAUUUCACCGUCCGUGUGGAAACGAGAGUGACAUACCCAAAAAGAGUUAAUAUUACAGCAAAAUUGCUACAAUCUGUAAGUCUAACUGCGAAUGCUGCUAAGUCUUUUGAUUCUGAUGACUUCGUAAUCAAUCUAUCCUCCAAUUCCAAUCAGACUAUUUUCAUAAAUGACGUAACAGUUACUUUGUAUGACGAGCAACCGGGACUUUUUAAAUUUCAAGCAGAAGUUAAAAUUGAUGAAGCAACUUUUCAUAAGAAAGUUUUUGACAGCGCAUUGGUGAGUUUCAGUGAGCAAAGCAAGACGAAAACCGUUCUCGAUAUAACACGAAUAAGUAAUGCCAGUGAACCUAAAUUAUCCAUCGUCUACGCUUGGUCUGGCCUGCAACAAGAGCAAUACGUGUUGGGGUCAUCAACGACAGAGGUCAUGACAGUUGUAGUACGGAAUGAUGGGACAAAUUCGGAUUGGUCUUGCGCAUGGAUACGUGUCUCUGGUGCCCCCGUUACAUUAUUAGAGUGUGAUCAACCUCAAGAUUCGUGGUACAAAUGUAAUUUCUUUAAUCUAGGCAGACGUGAAAAGCGUCUAUUAGAUAUUAUCUUGGACAUGAGCACAUUAUCAAACAAAGAUGACAAACUGAAAAUCGAAGUAUUGCUGUUCAAUACAUGUGAUUCGUCACGAAGCAAUGCCACAUCUAGCAGUUUCAAGGAAAUAAAAUAUAAACUUAAUCCUAGUGAUAUAAUCGUUGAUGGAAUGUAUCAAGACCAAAACAUAACAGCCAGUAAAAUACAAAGUGACGACGAUACUGACAUCGAAACUUCAGUUUUAUAUGUGAUAACAAACAAUGGCUCAGUGUUGUGGGAAUCUGUUACCGCCCAAUUCUCUGUUAACCCAAUAUUUAUGGACAAUUUUACGAUAAUUUCUAGAUCUAUACAUUGUGAGCUUGAUAACGAAACGAAUCUCUCAUACAGCUGCGUUUUAGAUUUAAAACCAAAAAACAAUGUUAAGAUUGUCGCUUCAACAAAAAUACCGAAGAAAAAUAUAAUGAACCUUUUUAAAAACAACCGCAUAUUUGUCGAAACUGUACUAAAAUUGUCGCUAAAUGGAGAUAUUGUAACGAAAACUUUGAAUACAACACUUUUUUAUCAGAACGACAUAACAUUCGGCCAAAAUAGAAACCUUGUAAUUUUGAUUGCCAGUAUUUUAGCUGCCUUGCUGUUAAUUGUCGUUAUUUUUGGACUGUAUAAGGCUGGAUUUUUCAAGAGAGCUAACAAAAAGAAGUUGAACGACUUACGGGCGAGUAUUAAAAGACCUCCUCCUCCUCAGAGUGCCGGUACCUCAAAUUCACAGCAGACUAACAGUAGCGGAGAUGAUAAAGCAGCCGAUCGCAAGAGUAAAAUAGAAUCGAUGCGUGAAGAUUCAGACGAAGUACAGAGUUUGCGGUGAUUGAAGCGGUUGAAGAAUAUAUGAUGGUGGAUUUCAAUCAGACUGAAACACAAGAUAAAGCCACGCUCAUUGAAGAAGACCAAUAAUUUGCAAGAUACAGACAAAAACCUCAACCUAACGUUACCUGGAAGAGAUCGCUGUUUUAGCGAUAAGGCCAGCAUUUUGUGCGUGUUUAACCGACUUAAAAAAAGGAGGAGGCUCUCAAUUCGGCUGGUAUUUUUUUGUAUUGGUUGUGUCCUUUCGCAUUGUUUUAGAUAUGUAAAUAUUCAAGAAGAUUCAUUAAUUCAAGAACUAGAAAACAAUUAAAAUAUAUUUGCGUAAUAUUGUAUACCUAUAAGUACUAAAAUGUUUUCUUUUUCUCUCGACCUACCUUUACAAUUUAAUUUUUUUAAGUGGGGGUCGAGCAUGCUUCGGCACGAAUUGGGCCACGCUCGCACCGGGGAAGGUACCACACCCUCACAGAAUAUCGGCGCCAUAGUGACAGUUUACUGUCGCGUUCCGUACGGUGAGUGAGGGGUCCGGACGCCCACAUCCCUUCCCAUCCCCUACCCAUCCUCUCCUUCCCUAUCCUCAUUCCCUCCCAUCCUCGCCCCUUCUACCUAACUCCUUCAAAAUCCCUUUGAGGACAGCAACACAUCCACUUCCCAUUGGAGUGGAUGCUUAUGGGCGGCAUGUAUCGCUUAACACCAGGCGACGCGUCUGCUCGUUUGCUGUCCUAUACCAUAAAAAAAAAAUUGAGCUGAUUACCUUCUGCCCUGGUUGCCUGGAAGAGAUCACUACUAAGUGAUAAGGCCGCCAAAUACACUAAACUGUUCCCUGCUUUUAUUUUUGUAUGUUCUAGUAUGUAAGUCUGUUUAGUUGUAUUAAAGAGUAAAAUAAAUAAAUAAAUAAAAUGGUCAGGUUGUGAAAAUUUUACAGCAUCAUGUCUUGGUCAUAUUUUGACUCAGUAUUAUUUUAACUUAAGCUUAUUAUACUGUACUUUUAGUAAGAUUUAUUUUAUGAUACCUAAUAUAAAAAUAAAAACUUAAUACAAUCUA